AUGAAAAAGUCACAACUAAGCUCCUGUGUCUUCCUCUUGGUUCUAACUCUCUCCUUUUCUGUUUCUUGGGAAACCUUUCAUUCCCUUGAUGUAACACCAGGUUCUGAAAAUCUCAUGAUAAGUUGCAUACAAUUCAAUUCCAACAAUGUCACUUCCAUCUCUCAACUCAUUUUCACUCCUGUCAAUACUUCUUUCUUACCCAUUUGGCAAGUCGCAGUACAAAACACAAGGUUCAUUAAACCCUCAACUCCUAAACCAUCAGUCAUCGUGACACCAGUGGAAGAGACCCUUAUCCAAACAGCUCUAUAUUGCGCCAAGAAACAUGGCUACGAGAUCAGAAUCAGAAGCGGGGGCCACGACUUCGAGGGCCUCUCGUACACUGCUGAUGUUCCCUUUGCUAUGAUUGAUUUCACCAACAUGAGGUCUAUAGAAGUUGACGUACCAAACAGGCUUGCAUGGGUCCAGGCAGGCGCCGUGGUUGGUGAUCUCUAUUACAGUAUUUCUCAAAAGACCGACACCUUGUAUUUCCCGGCAGGUGUUUGUCCGACGGUGGGUUUUGGCGGGUACAUAGGCGGUGGUGGCUAUGGAAACCUAAUGAGAAAACAUGGUACUGCUGCUGAUAAUGUUUUGGAUGUUCGUUUCAUGGAUGUCAAUGGAAAUAUUCUUAAUAGGAUGUCGAUGGGUGAAGAUUUGUUUUGGGCGAUUCGAGGAGGUGGCGCUUCAAGUUUUGGAAUAGUUCUUGCAUGGAAGCUGCAGUUGGUUCCAGUUCCAGAAAGAGUAACUGUCUUUAUACUGAAUAAGACUUUGGAAGAAGGCGCAACUGAAAUUUUCCAUAAAUACCAAUACGUUGCACCUUCUAUUGAUAGAAAUUUGCACAUAAGAACUCAGGUUUUUGGCGAAUAUAUCAGCAACACCACCAAGAAAACUAUACGGAUUAUGUUUGAAGGAAUUUAUCAGGGAACAAUCGACACAUUGCUUCCACUGUUGGAUCAAAAUUUUCCUGAGCUCGGUGUUAUACGAGAGAUUUGUCAAGAAGUAAAAACCGUUCAGUCAACCCUUAUGUUUUGGGGCUUGCCAAGCUCUACAUCAACAGAGAUUCUCACGAACAGAUCUGCCAUAGCCAAGCUGGACAACAAAAGUAAAUCGGACUAUGUUAGGACACCGAUCCCCAUAAGCGGACUAAAAAAGAUAUGGAGAAAGCUUUUCGAAAAUGAUGAAUCAGCCCUUCUGAUGAUCAAUCCUCUUGGUGGAAGAAUGGCUGAUUACUCAGAGACAGCAAUUCCGUAUCCUCAUAGAGUUGGGGUGUUGUACCAAGUGCUCAAGACUGUUAAUUUUUUCGAUCAAUCUUCAGACACAACCCCUAUAUCUCUCAGUCGGAUAGCUUGGCUGGAAAGCUUGGAGAAGUUAUUAACGCCUUUUGUGUCAAAUAACCCGAGGGAGGCGUAUGCUAAUUAUGUGGAUCUUGAUUUGGGUGUUGGAAGUGAUAAUUAUGAAGAAGCUAGUGUUUGGGGCGAGAGGUACUGGAAAAGGAAUAAUUUCAAGAAGUUGAUUCGAAUCAAGGCCAAAGUUGAUCCCAAGAAUUUCUUUAGGCACCCACAAAGUAUACCAGUUUUCUAAUAAAAACAUUGCGACAUGUGAAGCACCUAGCUAGGUUAAAGAAUGAUCUGAAAACUUUUUCUGUGUUUACUUCGUUUGAUUCUUCUAUUUCUUAAAAAACUAUAGCAAUAAAUCUAUUUUAUGUUCGAACUCUUCUAUAAGGCUGCUCUGUACGGGCAACCCCGUUGAAUGGGUCACAUCAACCUAGAGGGAAAAAAAGAGGUGGAGAGAGAAGAAAAUGGCGUUACACAUCGUUGUGGAGGCAACGGUGGGCACAGAAAACAAAGAUAACGGGCGAAAACGAAAUAGGGAGGGCGGUGUUUUGGCGUGGUCACGGCGUUUUUGUAAUGCCACCUCACAAAAACGAAGGUGGGUGUUGCCCACACCCAACCCUCUAAAUGAAUAUAAGAGCAUCUCCGUCAGAGGGGGAACCCUUAAACGACCUAGGGGGCCAUGGUCCGUGCGUUUUUUUACCUAAUGUUAUAGUCUUGACGCUUGACCAAGUAGAUUUUCUUUACAAAAAUUAUAUAUGUAUCAUUUACCAUUGGCCCCUCGGUAAAAAUAAUAAGA